AUGAAGUGGCCUUUCUCCGGUGGGCUCAUUGCCCUUUUCGCAACAACCGCAAUAUGCUGGCCAUACGAUGAAGCUCUAAUUGAGUAUAACCUCAAUGAGAAUAAGACCGCUACAAAUCCAGCCGAAUACUGGGGCGAAUGGCCAGAUCAUGAGGGAGACUAUCACCCAUCUCCCGAUAACUGGCGCUUUCCUUUCUAUACACUCUUCUUGGAUCGUUUUGUUAAUGGCGAUCCAACUAAUGAUAAUAUCAACGGUUCAUUAUUUGAGCAUGAUCUUAACUCCAAUCAAAUGCGUCAUGGUGGUGAUGUGGCUGGACUUCUUGAUACACUGGAUUAUUUACAAGGAAUGGGCAUCAAGGGUCUCUACCUAGCAGGAACCUCUCUUAUGAACCAGCCAUGGGGCUUCGAUGGAUACUCCGCACUUGAUACAACACUACUCGAUCAACAUUACGGCACCAUUCAGACCUGGCGAAAUGCUAUCACCGAGAUCCAUAAGCGUGGGAUGUAUGUCCUCUUCGACAAUACAAUCGCUACAAUGGGUGAUUUGAUCGGCUUUGACGGAUAUUUAAAUACCACAACCCCAUUUUCGGUGAAAGAGCACGAAACAACCUGGAAGAGCGACCGUCGCUAUGUGGACUUCGACAUUGGAAAUACAUAUAAUGCCACCUGUGAUUACCCCAGGUUUUGGUAUGAGAAUGGAUAUCCAGUGAACGAAUCUAUGAUAGCUGGACUGGUCGGGUGUUACGACAGUGAUUUUGAUCAAUACGGUGAUAUUGAGGCCUUUGGCGUGUUUCCCGAUUGGGAGCGUCAGCUUGCUAAAUUCGCAUCCGUGCAAGAUCGUCUGCGCGAAUGGCAUCCGUCCGUACGAGAACGUCUCAUUCGCCAUUCUUGUAUGAUUAUUUACUCAUUGGAUAUCGAUGGUUUCCGUUAUGACAAGGCUACUCAAGCCACCGUCGACGCUCUUGGAGAUAUGUCGAAAGCCUAUCGCGAGUGCGCGCGUGCUGUUGGCAAGGAGAACUUCUUCAUCGCCGGCGAGAUCACUGGCGGUAAUACAUUUGGUUCCGUCUAUCUUGGUCGAGGCAGACAGCCUAACUCGUUGCCCAAGGAUUUCACAUUUGUCGAUGUGAUGAAAUUAACGAAUGAGUCCUCUCCUCAAUACUUUUUGCGAGAGCAGGGCCACGAGGCUAUUGACGGAGCAGCGUUCCAUUACUCGACAUAUCGUGCUCUCACCCGAUUCCUUGGUAUGGAUGGUCAGUUGUCAGCUGGGUUUGAUGUGCCAAUUGACUGGGUCGAUGCUUGGAAUGAGAUGCUUCUCACGAAUGAUCUCAUCAAUCCGAACACUGGCAAAUUCGACCCCCGGCACAUGUUUGGAGUAACGAACCAAGACGUUUUCCGCUGGCCAGCAAUCGAAUAUGGCGUGGAAAGACAGCUGCUGGGAUCAUUUGUGACUACACUUCUGAUCCCAGGUAUCCCACUGCUUCUUUGGGGUGAAGAGCAAGCCUUCUAUGUCCUGGAUGCCACUGCAUCUAACUAUAUUUACGGCCGACAAUCGAUGUCACCUGCUACUGCUUGGAGAACUCACGGAUGCUUCUCCCUGGAUUCUUCUCAGUACUAUAAAUGGCCUAUCAUUAAGGGUCGUGAGGGUUGCCAUGAUGAGACUGUGGCCUAUGAUCAUCGCGACCCGACUCAUCCUGUGCGCAAUAUCAUCAAGCAUAUGUACCAGCUGCGAGAACAGUUUCCGGUAUUUAAUGACGGCUAUUCUAUUGAACCUAUGUCGAAGCAGACCCAUGAUGUAGUAUAUCCUGGUUCCAACGAUACAGCCACGGAGACUGGAAUGUGGUCUGUUCUUCGAGAUAUCAACUCUCAGGUCCAAGAUUGGGGCUCUGAAUCUAACAACCAAUCAAUCUGGCUGGUCUACCAAAAUGUCAAUGCGACUGUGGACUAUAAGUUUGACUGCUCGGACAAUGACACUGCUCUAAUCUCCCCAUUUGAUACCGGAACUCACGUGAAGAAUCUGUUCUAUCCUUACGAUGAGCUUAAGUUGACAGAUGGGCCCAAAAAGCUCUUCCUGAAGGGCUCCACUGAGCUGAACGGCUGCUAUUCCAACUUGACAUUGAAGCCAUACGAGUUUCGCGCCUACGUUCCCAUUGAUGCUUUUGUCAAACCUCGCCCUAUGGUGACCCAGAUUACACCGAACCAUGACCAUCCCGUCCGAUCUACGGUCGCCCCGAAUCUUGAUGAAGACGUGGAAAUUGAGCUCUACUUCUCAGAAGAGAUGGACUGCGACUCUGUGACCGACAGUCUGUCGUUCAACUCUUCGACAGAGAUUGGAAAAAUACCCUCCGUCAAUUCUAAGACAGUCAACUGUACAUCUAUCCCGGCCAGUGAAACUUCUGUGACUGGCCAGAUUCCAAGUCUCUGGGUUUGGACCGCGAAUCUGACUGGUGUCUACAACGGUGUUCAUCGGAUUACCCUGAAUAAUGCAACCAAUGCGGCCAAGAACGCGUCAACCAAUGCGGUGGAUCAUUUCUUGUUCCGAAUUGGACAGAUUGACAACCCUAUGGUCUUCACUUCCGCCAACUAUUCUAGCAGUUUGCUCCAUCAAGAAUCGAAUAACGAUACCCUUUUCAUUCAGCACCAUGCUGCAGGUGCCGACAAAUACCGGUAUUCGACCAACUGGGGCACCACGUUCUCUGACUGGAAGCCGUACAAGGGUGGCAAUGACACUAUUGAUACUCUUCCAUGGUCAGGUACCAAGAAGCAAGCCUGGAAGGGCCAGCAUGUGCGUGUCGAGUACUGGAGCCGUUGGACUGGCAGCAGUGACUAUGUACAAGAAGGUGAUACUAACUGGGACCAUACGACCCAGCGACGCUUCCCCCAUGCCUUUUUCAAUGGGCCGUACAAUCAGUACGGAUAUGAUGCGGGUCUCGACAACGCUAUCUCGCUGGAUAUGGUCGACGGGUAUUGGAAGUACCAUUUUACAUCCGAGUGGCCGGCCGUCGGACAGAUCAACAUCUGGGGUAUCAAUCCCGAUGGAAAACCAGAUCAGAGCUGGGUUCUAGGAGACAUGGACAAUGAUAGUAUUCUUGAUCGGAUGCCCCCAUCCUCACUCUCGAGUACUUUGAUCAAUAUCACGGAGCCGCCACCAUCGCCUUUCCUGUCAUGGAAGCUUGUCGUUGAUGAUGCAACCCUCCGGUUCCAAUUAUUUCCGGCUGGACCUCGUUACGUGCAGAUUGUCAUGUUUGCGCUGUUCUGGAGCAUUCCCAUCUUGACGGGUGCAGGUUGCGUCUACAUUUUCAUGAAGUCUUUUUACAAAGUCAAGUUCAACGAAGUGGGUAUCAGUGAAAAGAGUAGCCUCGCUCCGAUGGUCUUUUUAAGAAAGCUCAAGCCUUCCCGGUCCGGUGACAACUCGAUCAACCCGCUCAUGCGUCUGGCCAACAAGUCGGGCUUUAUGCAGAGCACCACAGCAUUGGGCACUGCGGGCACUGCGGGCAAGCGUCGCAUGGUCUUGAUCGCCACCAUGGAAUAUGACAUCGAGGAUUGGGCUAUCAAGAUCAAGAUCGGCGGUCUCGGCGUAAUGGCACAGCUGAUGGGCAAGACUCUCGGACACCAAGACCUGAUCUGGGUCGUUCCUUGUGUCGGAGGUGUCGACUACCCAAUUGAUCAAGAGGCCGAGCCCAUGACGGUGACUAUUCUGGGGAGUGCCUAUCAAGUCAAGGUUCAAUAUCACGUCUUGAAGAAUAUCACCUAUGUGCUUCUGGACGCUCCGGUGUUCCGUCAGCAGUCUAAAUCCGAGCCCUACCCUGCUCGAAUGGACGAUUUGGAUAGUGCUGUAUACUAUUCAGCCUGGAACCAGUGUAUCGCAGAAGCUAUCAAGCGUUUCCCGAUCGAUCUUUACCACAUUAACGACUAUCAUGGUUCCGUGGCUCCUCUGUACCUGUUGCCUGAAACGAUACCGGCUUGCCUGUCACUCCAUAAUGCCGAAUUCCAGGGUCUCUGGCCUAUGCGUACGGUAAAGGAGAGAAAGGAAGUCUGCUCGGUAUUCAACCUGGACGAAGAUAUCGCUCGCCGGUAUGUACAGUUUGGUGAGGUUUUUAACUUGCUCCACGCCGGUGCAAGCUAUCUCCGCGUCAACCAGCAGGGCUUCGGUGCCGUCGGUGUCUCUAAGAAGUAUGGUAAGCGAUCUUAUGCGCGAUAUCCAAUUUUCUGGGGUCUACGGAAGGUGGGCAACCUGCCUAACCCCGACCCUUCGGAUGUUGGCGAAUGGACCAAGCAGCCUACCAAGGAAGAAGACAUUACGGUCGAUGCCCAGUACGAGGCUGGUCGUGGUGAAUUGAAGCGUCAGGCCCAGGAGUGGGCUGGACUUGAGCAAAACCCCGAUGCUGACCUCCUUGUGUUUGUUGGCCGUUGGUCUAUGCAAAAGGGUGUCGACCUGAUUGCCGAUGCAAUGCCUGCAGUCCUCGAGGCGCGUCCCAACGUGCAGCUCAUUUGUAUCGGCCCCGUUAUCGAUCUGUAUGGUAAGUUCGCUGCGCUGAAGCUCGGUCGUAUGAUGGAAGUCUAUCCCGGCCGCGUGUUCUCUAAGCCCGAGUUCACGGCUCUUCCACCGUUUAUCUUCUCCGGAGCUGAGUUCGCCCUGAUCCCAUCUCGUGAUGAGCCCUUCGGACUCGUUGCUGUGGAAUUCGGUCGUAAGGGAGCACUAGGCAUCGGCGCGCGUGUUGGUGGUUUGGGUCAAAUGCCCGGCUGGUGGUAUAACGUCGAAUCGACUUCCACGUCUCAUCUGUUGGUCCAGUUCAAGCUUGCAAUCGAUGCCGCGCUCAAUUCGAAGAUCGACACUCGUGCGAUGAUGCGAGCACGAUCUGCCAAGCAGCGAUUCCCCGUUGCCCAGUGGGUGGAGGAUCUCGAAAUCCUUCAAUCGACUGCUAUUGAAGUCCACAACAAGGAGGUUGCAAAGGGCCACCAGCGGCCUCUCACGUCGUCCGGGUCCGGCGCCAGCACCCCCAAUGGAACCUUGAGAUCCCUGAACACGACAAUGAGCCCAUUGCCUCCUCCUAGUGCAGCUUUCCCACACUCCCGAGACAGCAGCUACUCGAGCUUCAACCAGGUCAGCGAUCUGGGCCAGAAGCGAGCCACGAUCUAUAGCCGAGAUAUCAGCCCUUCCGAAACCGAGCAGCCCAAGUCGGGUCUCAGUCGAUCCCUGUCUUUGGGUGUUCGCUCCGGACCUGGUCAUCUAGAGCGCCGAGGUCGUCGUGGCCAGACCGAAGGCGACAUCCAAGAAGCCGGCGAGUUCAGUGAUGCUGGUGGAAACGAGACCGAUGAUGAGGAUCGAGCUCACAGCGUGUAUGGGGACGAUGAGUACACCAUGACUCCUGCGCAGGUGGAAGAGAGUCGACGAGCUCAACGAGAAGGCACGCCAUUCUCAUCUCCGCUCCCGUCGCCUCGACGUCUCCCGAGUCAAGACGGUCACCACCCCCGAUUCCUUCUGCCCUUGUCCAGUCCCGGCACACCCCCGGCGGCCGAUCAACUUCUUCUUCCUCCACCACCAUUUCAGGAAAGCAACCGAUAUAGCAGUGCCUCUGUUUUAUCGCUUGAUUCGGUCGUGGGCGGCAAGAAAGACUUCAAGCUGCAGAAGGUGGAUCCUUUCUUCACUGAUGGUACUGGUGAAUACUACCACAACUUUGAGCAGAAAUUGAAGGACCUGAAUGGCUCCAACUCUGAGGGUCCGCUCUGCAUUGAAGAGUUCUUGAUCAAGAGUGAGCAGGAAUGGUUUGAUCGGUUCCGCAAUGCCAAGCUGGGUCGUCACAAGUCGCCCACGCCCUCGAUCUUCCGGUCGAAGCACAGCGCAUCACCAGCCGGCGACUCCUACAACGACGAGGCUCUCUCGCACAUCGCUGAUAGUGAAGAUCACGAGUCUGACGACGAUGAGUUCCUGCUGGGUAAGGAUUAUGUCCCGCCCACUGGAUUAAAGAAGUGGAUGCAAAUCAAGGUUGGCGACUGGCCCAUCUAUUCGAUCUUCCUGGCUUUGGGCCAAAUCAUCGCUGCAAACUCCUAUCAAAUCACCCUUCUGACGGGAGAAGUUGGUGAAACUGCCGAGAAGCUGUACGGAAUUGCUACCACCUAUGCGAUUACUUCGGUGUGCUGGUGGCUAGUGUACCGCUACUUCAAGUCUGUCGUGUGCCUCUCAACCCCAUGGUUCUUCUACGGUCUGGCUUUCCUCUUGAUCGGCUCCGCGCAUUGGGAGGGCAAUUCCUUCAACCGUGGCUGGAUUCAAAAUAUUGGAAGUGGUUGCUACGCUGCAGCAUCAUCCAGCGGCUCUAUCUUUUUUGCCUCCAACUUUGGCGACGAAGGUGGUGCUCCGGUCGAAACCUGGAUCUUCCGUGCCUGUGUCAUCCAAGGCAUCCAGCAGGCCUAUGUGAUUGCGCUCUGGUAUUGGGGCUCAACCCUCAGCAAGGCUUCCAGUGAAGGUCUCUUGACGUCUGAUAACACGAUCUCGAACACCUGGAAGAUGACUGCCAUCUGUUACCCGAUUGCAAUUCUACUCUGGGGUAUUGGUCUACUAUUGAUCUUCGGUCUGCCUAACUACUAUCGUCAAAAGCCUGGCAAGGUGCCUUCCUUCUAUAAGUCUUUAUUCCGGAGAAAAAUCGUGCUUUGGAAUUUCGUGGCAGUCAUCUUGCAAAACUUCUUCCUCAGCGCACCCUAUGGCCGAAACUGGAGCUUCCUAUGGGGCUCUUCCCACGCCCACGCCUGGCAGAUCGUCAUACUGUGCAUUGUCUUCUUCGGUGCAGUGUGGUGCAUCUUCCUCUACAUCAUCAGCAGGUUCUCAAAACGACACAGUUGGUUCUUGCCCGUAUUUGCCUGUGGUCUGGGUGCGCCGCGAUUCAUUCAAAUUUGGUGGGCCAUCUCUGGCAUUGGCUACUACCUUCCUUGGGUGGCUGGUGGCUAUACUGGCGGUGCCCUCGCAUCUCGAAGUCUGUGGCUGUGGCUGGGCGUCUUGGAUUCGAUCCAAGGCCUUGGCUUCGGUGUCAUCCUCCUGCAGACUCUGACUCGGGUCCAUAUGUGCUUUGCCCUCAUCGCCUCUCAGGUGAUCGGUUCUAUUGCCACCAUUUGUGCACGCGCCUUCGGACCCAAUAAUACUGGCCCCGGACCGAUCUCCCCCGAUUUGUCCAAGGGCGCUCAUGAACUGGCGAAUGCCUGGUUCUGGAUUGCGCUGUUCUGUCAGCUGCUCGUCUGCGCCGGCUUCCUCCUAUUCUUCCGGAAAGAGCAGCUAUCGAAACCAUGA